CGCGGUGUAGACUCGAGACUACAGAGAGGACAGAAGGAGGCUAGCUCUUACGCGUACGGGUUGUCUGCAAGCCUUGCGGACAAAAUGCAACUUUCCAAUAACCUAAACCUACGUAUAUAAUUAAAGAAAUUUGGAUAUAAUUACGUUUACCAAAUAUGAGCAUAGUCAGUUAAUUAUUGCAAAUACAUAAUAUUUUUAUUUGUGCAGUGAAUUUUUUAAAAGAUUACUUAUUAAAAAUGGAUGAGGCGUUCGCACAUCUCGAGGGAAAUAACUUAAGGAACAAUAAGAAAACCGAGAUCCCCCCGGAUGGCGGGUGGGGUUAUAUUGUUUGUAUCGGAGUCGGAUUUACUUUCAUGCUCGGCUUUGGGUCGUCUAACGCGUUCGGUAUUUUGUUCAACAAUUUUUUCCUUGAGCAGGAUGGAGCCAGCGGGCUUCCGCUUGUCAUAGGUGUUUAUAACGGAGCGUUAUCGAUUGCAGGGUUCCUGAGCGGAAUAGCCUUGAAGAAAUAUUCGUUUCGUCAAGUUGGUUUAGUUGGAGCUGGCCUGUUCGUUUUAGGGGAUAUAUUAACUAUAUUUGUUCAAAGAACUUAUCAACUGGUGUUUACGUUUGGAGUUAUACGAGGAGCAGGCUUCGGCGUGAUGAUACCAGUUAGUUUUACAGCAUUCAAUUGCUAUUUUACCAAAAAACGCACUGCAAUGAUGAGCGCCAAUCAAACAAUGAGUAGUAUGGCGUCCAUAACUUUUCCCAUUCUUGUGACAUACCUUCUGUCAGAGUACGGGUUCAGGUGGACCUUAGGCCUGGUCAUGGCGGUCGACUUACAUUUAAUAUUCGCCAUGAUUGUAAUGCAUCCUGUGGAAUGGCAUAUGAUCAAGACGGCUGACUGUCCUGAAAUAGAACUAUCAGCGACAUCCGAUGUUAAACGUUCUUCUAAAAUAAAAUGCAACAAAUCGGAGGCUUUUGAUGAAUCUGUUGUAAAAAUGUUACCAGGUGAAGACAAUGUCGUCGGAACUAAAUCUACUAGUCGUCAUGAGUCCAUACAAAAAAGCAUAAUCAAAGUAAUAUAUGAGAACGUCGAAUUGGACUUACUGAAGGAUCCCCGUUUUGUGAGCACUUUGAUCGGACUCGGGUUCGCCUUUGUUUCUGAUGUUACAUACUUAGCUAUGGAGCCAAUGUUGCUAUUUUCAUACGGAUACUCACAGAUGCAAGUCGCGACGUGUGUAAUGAUUGGGGCGAUUGCCGAUCUGGCGGCAAGAUUCUGCCUCGCAGUGUUUACAUAUUUUUAUAAUGUAGAUAGUAAAAAACUCUUCUUCGCCGGUACUUGUGUGACUAUGGUUCUACGAGUAGCUCUCGUAUCGUCUGACAAUCUGAACUUCGUGAUCGCGAUCACGGCCGUUUCUGGCCUGGUCAGGUGUUCAGUACAAGUCCUGUUUCCUUUGGUCUUGGUCAGCGCGGCGCCAGACCGUUUCCCGGCUGCUUUGGCGCUGCAUAUACUGUUUUCAGGAUUUUUAAUGUUGAUGGCUGAUCCGUUAAUAGGUGUUAUUUACGAAACAACGGGCAGUUAUAUCAAUUGUUUUCUAGCUAUGAGUUUCUGUUGUCUAGUUUGUAUCGUGCUUUGGACGGUAGAAUAUUUUGUUAGCCGUAAGCAUAGCUCCUAAACUUAUAUUAGGUAAUUGUUAUAGGCUAAGUCGGAUGGAUGUUCAAAUAUCGAAAUAAUUAUAAGCACAAUAGUCCAGACGAGUUACAUUAAUAGUGAGGUUGUUUAAACAUCGUAUUAUUAUAAUCGAUUCUUUCAUUUUGAUUAUUUUGUUUUUCUCUCGCGAGCGUCAGUCGCCAUCUUGAGAAUACGUAACUGCCAAUAUUUCAUAAGCAUUGUAUCAUUUUGGUAAUUAGAGCGCCCAGAAAUUAAAAUUUGGUUAACACUCCAUUACGUAGUGCAAAAAUAUCGCCACUAUUAGUGCAAAUAGUCGUAUCUUUCAGUAUUUUGUCUUUAUACAAUUGAUAUCUCAAAAGCACGUUAUAAAUGAGUUACGACGUAAAUAAUAGUGAGUAUGACAUGGAUAUUAAUUAUAUAAAAAUAAUUACGCUCUCCUGUAAACUACACAAUUUUGAGACACGACGUAAUUGUGAAAUUAAGACGAUAUUCUAAAUUAAAAAAAUCUUUUUAGGAUUUUUAAUUUUGUGUGAGUCUGUCGUUCUUAGAAUUCAAAAGACAUCAUAUCUUCAUCAAAAAACAUCAUUCCUCAUUCAAUCUAAGGAUCUGUAAACGGGGGUCAAGUUCACUAUUUUUAAUUAAUUUCGUAUCAUAGUAUUAUUUUUACUCUAUGACCACUUUACUUCACUUAUAAAAUUAAAAUAAAUAAUUAAUAAUAGAGAUAAGAUUAAAUUUUAAUUAGAUAUAUGUUUGUUUACAAAAGAUAUUAUGACUUUUAAACAUUUUUAGCCAAGUUUUAGCAAACAUAAAUGUUAACAUAAUUUUGUAUUUUUGUUGUUGAAACAAUUUAUUGUUCACUAAAAAUAUAUCAAAGCUUUAAUGAUAAAUAUAUAACUUAAGUUAUCUGAUUGUAACCUUGUUAUUUUAAGUUAAGUAACAAUAACUAAGUAAGCAAAAUUCACGUACAUCUCAUUUGUUUAAAAAAUCAUUCGUUUCGUUAUAUUUGAAAUUUGGAAAAAAAAUCACAAAAUAAUUUUAUUAUUUUUGUUAAAUUUAAAUAAAAAAGGCACAUUGUUUUUUAGACACUGACUAUGUUUUUAUUUCAAUAAUUACUUUUGUUUUAAUUAUUAACAAUGACGUCACUAGAAAUGUAUGUACGUUCAAUAAAUCUUUUCUUUUUUUAAAUUAAUAAAUGAAAAAGCUGAUUUAAUUCUGAGCGGUGAUUCAAAAACAGUCCGAGUGAGUGAAUGAAUAUUAAAAAGCUGGAUUAUUAUUUUAUUAUUAUUCUGGAUAUUUUAUCAUUCACUUUCUUUUAGUAAAUAUGUAGUUAAA